AGCCGGUCCGUGAUGAUAGCGGGCGUAGCCGGCGGUGUGCAACGCUCUCCGGCCGGCCGAGCACGAGCGGCCACAUUCACUGCCGGACGGGUAUUGCCGAACACUGUUACCCGCCCGGUCAGUCGGUCCUUCGUAUAUAUAAACCAAAGGUCGUCUGCAACUGGCGUCAAUCCGAGCGGCAACAUGAAGACGAUCACGCUGACCCUGUGCGUCCUUCUCAUGGCUGUCCACUCCAGUGUGGGCACCUUCGGAGGCGGCGGCGGCGGCAAGAAGGGCGGCGGCGGCCAGAAGAGUCGCUACAGGGUCAUCAGCUCGUACGGCACCUACGGCCACGGCGGAGGAGGCUACGCCAAGGGCUACGGCUACGGCCAGGGCGGCGGCGGCGGCGGCUAUGGCCAGAGUCAUGGCGGCUACGGCGGCCAGAAGGGCUACGGCGUUCAGAAGGGCUACCACACGGUCAUCAUCGAAGAGAUCGAAGGCGGACGCGGCGGUGGCAAGGGAGGCAAGGGAGGAAAGGGAGGCAAGGGCGGCGGCUUCGGUGAGGGUUACGAAUUCAUCGGUGUGCUGCGACCCAAGGCGCACUACGGCAGCCAGAUCGGCGGCGGAUACGGACACGGUGGUGGAUUCAGCGGUGGAUACGGCGGCGGACUCGGCCAGGGAUUCCGUGGUGGAUACGGCCGUGGAUUCAGUGGUGGAUACGGCCAGAGAUUCGGUGGUGGAUACUAGAUCUACCACCGGCUCGUUUCCUUGUCGAUUGGCAGCAAAUCAUAGCGGGAAGUUUUAUUGUGCAUACGAUGGGUGCGUGCCACACUGCUAUUAAGCACUGCCAUCAGUACGGAAGUGUUUUACGUGUUCUUUGUUGUGUGUGAAUCGCCUAGUCAACGCCGGUUCGUUUUGUUGUUGGAUGAAGUUGUAACAGAGCAUACUUGUUGAUUGGUGUUAUGCAUGAUCAACAAAAGUUUUGUUGAACUGCCGAUGCGUGAUGUUUUAACAAUAAAACACAAAAUAUAUCCCACA